CCGACGUCGACUCACGCGGCGCGCAUCACGACGCGUCUCGCAACACGCUUUCACCUUACCAAGUAUUUGUAUAACUUACCUAAACCCCCUACAUCGUAUGCACUGUAGUAUGAAACUGAAUUCUAUGUAAAAACGAUAGUAUACAAGGUUCUUUACGUCUGGAAGCAAAAUGGCCACCAGCCGUGAAGAGCGUAUGCAACAGCGCAUGCGUGGAGCUGGACGCCACGAAGUUGCCGAUGACUCUUUUGGUUUUGUCCUCCCAGGCGUCGAAGCCUCUCCAGCUCCCUCGCCGGCUCCCUCAUCUAUCCCCCCACCAUCGUCUAUAGCACGAUCAGAGCCUAAUACCUCUGCGAAGCGACGUCGACUAAGCCCCAAAACCGACUUACAAAGUUUCCAACCUCCCUCUAGUGCGCUUAGAGCUUCUAGAAGAACAUCAGCGCGGCUUAGUGGGGGGUCUGAUCCUUAUGCCGCUAUCGAACAAGAGAGUCCCGAGGGUGCAUCAGAACCCUCCGUAGCGCCGAGUCCACCGCUUCAGGAACCUCAGAACGAUGCCACCCUGGAAUCCAUACCCGCUGUUAUAGAGCGCCCCGAAUCACGCGGAUCUGUGGCCUCUCCACCAUCCACGGGGCACAUAGCAGAAGAAGUUACGGAAAGUCCUGCUGAAGCUCCGGGAAGCGGACACAGACGCUCGGUUAGGGUUCUUCCCGAGAGUGUCACGCGAAGUGCGAAAUUGCUAAAAGCCGUGGCGGACGAAGAAGCCGGAGCUACGGUCGAGCUCACUUAUUCCUCACCUUUGGCACGGAAGAGCAGGAUCAGCGCUGCUACUUUACCCGCUUCUUCAGCCCGAUCCACUCGAACAGUAACGAGAGCAUUCGGGGGUCUCGCACUCGGUGGUAUCGAGGAGCAGUCGCCGGCAGCCCGACCGGCGCGAAGAAGCGAUGCUACGGCAAGUACUGGGUCUGCGCGAUCCACGCGAAGUCAAACUAGACUGGCCACGCCUAGUAUAGUAGACGCAUUGUCUUCGUCUCCCCAGGCUGCGGGCACUGCUAGUCCCAAGAAGCCCCAGCCGAGGGUGAGGCCCAAGCCCAUAGUUGAGGAGCCCCCUGAAAUUCAAGUCCAACCAGCCGAAGAAGAACCUCAAGAGGAAGCUCCGGAGAAAGCAGCUGCUCCGAACGAGGAGGCCGAAGCAAUUGACGUUCAAACGGCCGCACGGAAGAUUGGCCGAAAACGCCCGCGGGCGAGUCCGCCUCGGGAAGCGUCACCAGAACUACAUUCCAGAGUCGAAGAUGAACAUGAGCGACCAGCGAAGAAAAUCAGAAAGAAAAAAGCGCGAGGCAGCCCGGCUGUGCAAUCCCACCCUAAGCCUCCGAAGGAGAAGAAGAAGAAAAAAGAUAAGCAACCACCAAAGAGACGCAGCGAUGGCGGAGCGAUUCCCAUCAUUGUCCAGAGAUACACGAAGCGGAUGCAUCUGAACGAAGAUGACACUAAUGGUGACAUACUCAACGCCGAAAUCCCGUUUUCCAACCGCGGCGGCGUCAACGUGAUUGAUGUGCUGUCGCAAGUAUGCGACGAAGUCGUCGAGUCCAGCCUGGAGACGCUCCACGAGGCGGCUGUAAAGGCGAAGGAUUCGGCUACGAAAAAGGAGUUCAGGACGAAACUCCGAGCUCUGGAGGCGUUCAAGGAGGAGCUUCGAACACGUCUCUUGGAACACACUAUUGCCCUCGAUACCAUGCAUGCGCUUAAGAAGCGUGUGCGAUCGGUGCAGAAGGACAAGCUUACGCUUCGAACGGAAAUAAUGCGCAUCCGCGCCGAGAGAGAGGAAGUCGCUCUGAAGAUGGAUGCGGUGAGGAUGCGGCAUGAGGCAGCAAACAAAGAAACACUGCAUCAAUUGGAACUCUCCUCCGCGAUGGACGACAUUGAACUAGCCAUCGAGAACGGGAAAUCAGCUCCAAGUCUCAACUCGAAGGAAAAGAAAGCAGCCGAGCUUUCGAACCUAGAGCUGUUGAUUUCUAGGGUGGCCAGCCAGGUCAGUGGUGGUAGUGACGGCGGUGGAAGUCUCAAACAAAUCAAGGACUUCAACGCUUUUCUCGAGCGCACCGCCGCCGCUCUCGAGAGAAGAUGAUGAUCAACAUGUAUGACUUAACCUGACUGAGCCGACUUCUCUUUAUGAUUAUUUUUUUUACACCUAACCUAGUGUUUGAUGACCGUACCAGCCGCACCGACUAUCCGUGUUUUUAAGAGAUAAUUCAUACAUACUCGAAAUACUCAAAGCGGCUUUAAAAUAAGAGACCAGUAAUGACCUCAUGUACGUAUAUUAUACGAGAAAGCUUCCAUAGGAGGAAAUGCUCGCUGGAUGGCGUCAAAUAGAUACCUCAUACAUAACACAAUUGCACAGCCCUUAGCAGUAACAUUGUAUCAAGUCAUUCUUUUGACAGUAUCUCGCGAUACCUGGGGAUGUCUGAGGCGAGAAUUGCACACCGCUAAGGCUACGAUGUUUCGACGUCGAGAUCUGCACACAUAUACAGAUGAUCGACAUGACUAAUAAAUCCUCCCACGUUACUUUCUCGUCUUACUGUCAUCGUGGCAGAGUGGAUACGCAUAUAUCCAUUACCCAACAAC